GGCCCUGCUGCCGGUGCUCCUCGCCUCCUGGGCCCUGGGGCAGUGAGGGACCGGCGGGCGUGGGGAAGCGGCCCAGGCGCAGUGAGCACCAUGGAGGGUGUGCUGUAUAAAUGGACCAACUAUCUGAGCGGUUGGCAGCCUCGAUGGUUCCUUCUCUGUGGGGGGAUAUUAUCUUAUUAUGAUUCUCCUGAAGAUGCCUGGAAGGGUUGCAAAGGGAGCAUCCAGAUGGCGGUCUGUGAAAUUCAAGUUCAUUCUGUCGACAACACUCGCAUGGACCUGGUAAUCCCCGGGGAACAGUAUUUCUACCUGAAGGCCAGAAGUGUGGCUGAAAGACAGCGCUGGCUAGUGGCCCUGGGGUCAGCCAAAGCCUGUCUGACUGACAGUAGGACCCAGAAAGAGAAAGAGUUUGCUGAAAACACUGAACACUUGAAAACCAAAAUGUCAGAACUGAGACUCUACUGUGACCUGCUUGUUCAGCAAGUAGACAAAACAAAAGAAGUGACCACAGCCGGUUCGUGUAGUCCUGAGGAGGGAAUUGAUGUGGGCACUCUGCUGAGAUCCACCUGCGACACUUUUCUGAAGACCCUGGAAGAAUGCAUGCAGAUCGCAAAUGCAGCCUUCACCUCCGAUCUGCUCUUUCGCACACCUCCGGGGUCACCUCAGCUGGCCAUGCUGAAGUCCAGCAAGAUGAAACAUCCUAUUGUACCCAUUCAUAAUUCAUUGGAAAGGCAAAUGGAGAUGAACAGUUGUGAAAAUGGAUCUUUAAAUAUGGAAAUAAAUGAUAGUGAAGAAAUCCUAAUGAAAACCAAGAGCCCCUUAUAUUUGAAAUCUGCAGAGAGAGACUGCAGCAUACCAAGUGGAGAAAAUAGAAAUGAUAAUAUAACAGCUCAAGGUGAAAUAAUGAAGGAAGAUGGUGAGGGAAACCUGGGAAAUCAAGACAGCUUGGCACAACCUGAAUCAAACUCCAGUAGCUCAGAAUGCCACUGGGAAGAAAGCAGUGAAGUUAUCCCAACUUUCUUUAGUACCAUGAAUACCAGCUUUAGUGACAUUGAACUUCUGGAAGACAGUGGCAUUCCCACAGAAGCAUUCUUGGCAUCGUGUUAUGCUGUGGUUCCAGUAUUAGACAAACUUGGCCCUACAGUGUUUGCUCCCGUUAAAAUGGAUCUUGUUGGCAAUAUUAAGAAAGUAAAUCAGAAGUAUAUAACCAACAAGGAGGAGUUUACCACCCUCCAGAAGAUCGUGUUACAUGAAGUGGAAGCCAAUGUGGCCCAGAUUCGGAACUCAGCCACCGAAGCCCUCCUGUGGCUGAAGAGAGGUCUCAAAUUUUUGAAAGGAUUUUUGACGGAAGUAAAAAAUGGUGAAAAGGAUCUCCAGACAGCCCUGAAUACCGCAUAUGGUAAAACUUUACGGCAGCACCACGGCUGGGUAGUUCGAGGGGUUUUUGCGUUAGCUCUGAGGGCAGCUCCAUGCUAUGAGGACUUUGUGGCUGCAUUAACCAUAAAAGAAGGUGACCACCAGAAAGAAGCCUUCAGUAUUGGGAUGCAGAGAGACCUCAGCCUGUACCUCCCGGCCAUGGAAAGGCAGCUGGCAAUACUGGACACCUUGUACGAGGUCCACGGGCUGGAGUCAGACGAGGUUGUAUGACGUUGGACAGACAGCACCGCCUCCAAACUUCAGGGAAUUCCAUUUGCUAAAGUGU